CUCCUCCUUAUCUCUAAACAGAGAAGUCGAAAACGAAACUAAAGUUGAGUUUCUGACGCAGACAGAAGAAGAGUCGUUAAAAACACAAACUACUCAAAGUCAGAAUCAACAACAAUGGAGUGUGCUCUUCUCUUUUCUCUCCUUUGGUCGGUAUCAACGUUUGAUGAUGUUAACGGUCGAGUGGUGGUGAAAGAAGACAGUGAUGCUGUGUUACCGUGUUCCCUCAGCACCAAGGAGAACAUCGAGACGAAGAUCUUUGACUGGAAGAAAGACGAUCACAAGGAGGUGUUCCAUUACAACGGAGGAGAUUAUUACGGUCAUGGCAUUACAGGUCAAGACAAACAGUUUGAAGGUCGAGUCUCACAUUUUGAAUACGAGCUGGUGAACGGUAACGCCUCCAUAAAGAUCACAGAGACGAAGGUGUCUGACAGUGGAAACUACACCUGUUUUUUUCCUCGUCUGCAGCCGCCUCAAACGUUCCUCAUUGAGCUGCUGGUUGAGUGUAUCUUAAAGGACAGAACGAAGGAGGAGGAGCCAGGUGCAUGUCCAGAGCCAUCGGUCACCUCACUUAAGUCAACAAAGGACUGGUCUCUGCUGCAGUGUGAAGUUUAUGGAGCUUCUCCUCGACCUGAAGUGGAGUGGAGGAACAGUUCUGGAAACAUCCUUAAUGCUAAAGAAACACAGGUCACAGAAAGAGAAGGCAGCUACGACAUCAUCCUCAACACCACUGUGACCAAGACCGACCACUACAGCUGUGUGGUCACACAGAAUGAGAUCUGUCAUCAGAUUUCCUCUAAGAUCUUUGUGUACAUCCACGAUCCAGAGGAGUCGACCCAAGGUUUCUCUGCUGGAUCGAUUAUUUCUCUUCUGGUUUGCAGUGCUAGUGCUCUUUUCUUUGUUGGUGUCAUCGUCCUAGCUGCUCUCUUUGUCAGAGGUCGUAAAG